AUGGCGCAACAUCAUCGAAUUUACUUGUUUGGAGAUCAAACAUAUGAUGUGGAUGCUCCCUUGCGGGAGCUCCUACACCAUUCAGACCCAAUAUUGACGUCUUUUUUCGAAAGGGCCUUGCAGGUUCUGCGCCUCGAGAUCGGUCAGCUACCUAGUGAGCUCCGUUAUGAAUUCCCUCGAUUCUCCAGUAUAGCCGACUUGAUCUCGCGGCGAGGGGACACUCGACUUCACCCUGGUCUUGAAAUGGCCCUGGUGCUAAUCUAUCAAUUGGGGUCUUUCAUUCGGAUUCACUCAGAAGGGGGACUGGAGUACCCUACGGCUUCUGAUACUCACCUGUUAGGCCUCUGUACUGGGGCCUUUACCGCUGCGGCAGUUAGUUGCUCACGCUCCUUGGUCGAACUGCUUCCAAUCGCCGUACAAACGGUACUGGUCGCUUUCCGAACCGGUCUGUGUGCAGGCAGAAUUGGAAACUGUGUUGAGCCAACUUCAACUGGCUGCCGGGAAUGGUCGAUACUGGUUGCUGGAAUGGACAGCCAGACGGUCGAAGAUGCUUUAGCACAAUUCUCUGCUACGAAGUCCCUCCCUCGCAUGUCUCGGCCUUAUAUCAGCGCAUAUGCUCCCAAUGGGUUGACUGUCAGUGGUCCUCCGUCGAUUCUGGCUGAGCUGCGCCAAUCGUCCGCAUUCGCGCGUGUAGCCUGCAAGUCAAUUCCCAUACAUGCGCCCUAUCAUGCUCCCUUGCUUUUCACGAAGGACGACAUUGACGAAAUUGUGGACACCGCUAUCAACGACAAUUGGGCGUCCUAUGUUGCCCAAUUGCCAGUGAUAUCAAGUGCCACCGGACGCUUGAUAUGGGCUGGCAACCUUCGCGCUCUUUUGCAGUCUGCAAUCGAAGAUGUACUUCUUCAACCAAUCCAUUGGCUCAAGGUUCAGGAUGGUAUCAAGACUACGCUGCCGUCUACGUCCAUGGUCAACUAUGAGGUCAUUCCCAUUGCGACCCAGGCAGAUCCUCUCUUGUCUCGGGCCUUGCAACAGCCGAUAAUGAACCCAAUCCCUGCUCUGUCAGAGAAGCAGCAGGAUCCACCGACUCCCAAUAACAGGGCCAAGAUUGCCAUCGUCGGUAUGUCUGGUCGAUUCCCAGGCGCCAACAACACGGAGGCCCUUUGGGAGCUCCUCUCACAGGGGCUGGAUCUAUGCAAGGAGGUUCCUGCCAACCGAUGGAACAUCAAGACGCAUGUUGAUCCGACAGGCAAGCGUAAAAAUACCAGCAAGAUUCGCUGGGGCUGCUGGCUUGACAAUCCCGAACUAUUCGACGCCCGGUUCUUCAACAUGUCCCCUCGGGAAGCCCCGCAAGUUGACCCGGCGCAGCGCAUCGCUUUGCUCACCGCGUUUGAAGCCAUCGAACAAGCUGGCAUUGUUCCCGGUCGUACGCCGUCUACGCAGCAGGAUCGUGUUGGUGUCUUCUUUGGCACUACAAGCAAUGACUGGUGCGAGACCAACAGCGGACAAGACAUUGAUACCUACUACAUUCCCGGAGCUAAUCGCGCAUUCAUCCCUGGGCGAAUCAACUACGUCUUCAAGUUUAGUGGACCGAGUUAUAGCACCGACACUGCAUGCAGCUCCAGCUUGGCAGCUAUCCAUCUGGCCUGUAACUCUCUGUGGCAGGGAGACAUUGACACAGCCAUUGCUGGUGGUACCAACUGUCUAACGAAUCCUGACAUGACUGCCGGAUUGGACCGUGGUCACUUCCUAUCCCCAACAGGUAACUGCAAGACCUUUGACGAUACGGCAGACGGGUAUUGUCGUGGCGAGGGCGUGGCUACGGUUGUGCUCAAACGAUUGGACGAUGCUCUGGCUGACCGUGACCCUAUUCUGGGACUGAUUCUGGGUGCAUAUACCAAUCACUCAGCCGAAGCAGAGUCCAUUACACGGCCUCAUGUCGGCGCACAAAAAGCCAUCUUCGAACAUAUACUGAACCAGUCUGGAGUGCAUCCGUACGAUGUUGAUUACAUCGAGAUGCAUGGCACGGGCACUCAGGCGGGCGACUCGCGCGAGAUGGCUUCAGUGCUGGGGACAUUUGCCCCACACUCAACGGGCCAUCAGAAACGCAGGGAUGAGCAGCCUCUAUAUCUUGGAGCAGUGAAGUCUAACAUUGGACACGGCGAGUCUGUUUCGGGUGUGACUGCGCUGGCCAAGGUGCUGCUGAUGAUGCAGAAGAACAUGAUCCCUCCCCACUGCGGCGUCAAGACACGCCUGAAUCGAAAGUUUCCCACAGACCUUGCCGAGCGCAAUGUGCAUAUCCCUUUUCAGGCCCAUCUGUGGCCACGGCGUCAUGACCAACGAGGCCGGCGUGUCCUUAUCAACAAUUUUAGCGCUGCCGGCGGAAACAGCUCGAUAUUGGUAGAGGACGCGCCAGUGCAUAUUCCACUGGACUGUACCGAUCCCCGUUCCUCCCAUGUGGUCACUCUAUCGGCCAAAUGUCCCUCCUCACUCAAAGGCAACGUCGAAUCCCUUUUAAGAUAUCUGGGAAAUCUGUCAGGCAGUGACGAUAUGGCAGCCACUCUUUCCCAGCUUUCAUAUACUACGACAGCCCGACGCAUCCAUCAUCCGCACCGCGUGGCAGUGACAGGUUCAACUAUGGCCGAUAUCACUUCCAAUUUGCAAAUGAUCUUGGAGGAAGGAUCAGCAUUUCCCCGUUCAGGGCCAUGUCCUACUGCCAUCUUCACCUUCACCGGUCAAGGUGCACAAUACCCUGGAAUGGGUGAACAAUUGUUCAAGACGCUCUCACUGUUCCGGUCUGAGCUACGCCGCUUCGACCGACUCGCCCAAGGCAUGGGAUUCCCGUCAUUUUUGCCGAUCUUCCUGUCUGGGUCAGGAAGUCGGCUGGAUGAUUUCACUCCCACGGUUGUCCAACUCGCGAAUACGUGCAUGCAGAUUGCACUGGCUCGCCUUUGGAGCUCAUGGGGGAUCAAGCCUUCCGCAGUGGUUGGCCACAGCCUCGGCGAAUAUGCCGCACUGAAUACCGCAGGAGUGCUCUCUGAUGCGGACACUAUCUUCCUCGUAGGCCGUCGAGCACAACUGCUCGAGGAGAAAUGCCAGAGGGGAACCCACGCAAUGCUUGCGGUCCUGGCACCAACUUCCUUGAUCAAUCCUGUUUUGCUGGACAGCAAUGUGGAGAUCGCCUGUAUCAAUGCGCCCGAGGAAACGGUGCUCGCUGGGCCAGCCGCACAGAUUGCAGCUAUACGGCAGAAGCUGACGGCGCAGAAUGUCAAAUGUACCCUACUUCAGGUACCCUUUGCGUUUCACUCCUCGCAAGUGGAUCCAAUCCUAAAGGACUUUGAGCUGUCAGCCAAAGGGGUCACCUUUCGCGCACCGUCUAUCCCUGUGAUCAGUCCCUUAUUGGGAACCGCCAUUGCUGAUCUGGGCACUUUCAGUCCGGAAUAUUUGGCACGGCAUUGCCGUGAACCCGUCAACAUGCUACAGGGCUUGCAGAGGGCAUCUGCGGCAAACAUCAUCAAAUCAAAGAGCAUUGUGAUCGAGUUUGGGCCGCAUCCAGUGGUCUCCGGCAUGGUCAAAUCGUGCCUUGGCAGUGAAAUUACUUGCUUAUCCACGCUCCGCCGCAACAGAGAUCCUUGGACCAUCCUAGCGGACAGUAUUGCUGCUCUGUACCGGGCUGGCGCGGACAUCAACUGGUCCGAAUACCACCGUGAUUUCAAUGCAGCACAGCGCGUGCUACCUUUACCGUCGUAUUCCUGGGACUUGAAGCCGUACUGGAUUGAAUACAAGAACGAUUGGGCCCUGUACAAGGGUGAAAUAGUUCCCGAGGGCAAUGCUGAUCCUGUUAAGACCAUCCAAGCCCCUCCUCCUCCUCCGCCGCCGCCGCCAACGACAACCACGCUCCAUCAGCUAGUGGAGGAGAAGUCGGAUUCGGAAAAAUUUGUGGUCAUCUACGAAUCUGAUGUUUCGCGUCCGGACUUGAACCCUCUCGUUCAAGGGCAUAAGGUGGAAGGCUUAGGAUUGUGUACACCAUCAGUCUACGCGGACAUUGGGUUCACACUGGGCAAUUAUUUCCUGGAUCGAUUCUCCCAGCAGCUUAAAGGAAGAGAUCGUGACAAAGUGGUCGAUGUCACUGACAUGGUGAUUGAAAAGGCCUUGAUAGCAGAGAAUGCUGGUCCCCAGUUGCUGCGUGUUGCUGCUGAGUUAGAUUGGUCGUCCAAAGAGGCUGCUGUCAGAUACUACAGUGUUGAUCUGAAUCACGUCGAGACCAUACAACAUGCCCGCUGCCGCAUCCGCUUCAGUGACAAGUCCAUCUUCAACUCUCUCGCCAAAGAUGUGUCCACCGUCCGAACACACAUUGGAACCAUGCGCGAAAACUCCUGCAAAGGGGCCAUCUUUCGUUUCAAUGGACCAAUGGCGUACAAUAUGGUCCAGGCGUUGGCGGAAUUCCACCCCGACUAUCGGUGUAUCGAUGAAACGAUCCUUGACAACGAGACUUUAGAAGCUGCAAGUAUGGUCAGCUUUGGAGAUGUGAAGAAGGGCGGUAAUUUCCACACGCAUCCUGGAUUCAUUGAUGGGUUGACACAGUCUGGUGGCUUUGUCAUGAAUGCCAACACCAAGACGAAUUUGGGGGUGGAGGUUUUCGUGAACCACGGCUGGGAUUCGYUCCAGCUAUAUGAGCGUGUCACGGACGAUCGGCAGUAUCAAACAUAUAUCCAGAUGAAACCUGCCGAAGCAAACCAGUGGAAGGGCGACGUAGUCAUCCUCAGCGGUGAUCGGCUGAUUGGAAGUGUCCAAGGGUUGACAUUGCAAGGUGUCCCACGAAGAAUCUUACGAUACAUCCUCAAGGGCAGCGCGAAGCCUAGCAAAGCCAGCCGGACAGAUUCUGUUCCGCUCAAAGCUCCUCCUCAGCCCGUGGAGAAGAAGAGCUUCGAAAGGAAAAAUGGGCCUCCCAAUCCUGAAAUAGUCUUCUCUGCAGCAUCAGUAGCAUUGCCAGCUCCUGCUGUUAAGCCUCAAACCCAUAAUUCAGCACUGGCUCAGGCUCUCAGCAUCAUUUCUGAGCAGAGCAAUGUUCCGAUUACCGAAUUGACAGACGAUGCGGCCUUUGCAGACAUUGGCAUAGACUCUCUCCUUGCGCUGACCAUCACCUCUGCUUUCAGCGAAGAACUUGAUCUGGAUUUGGAUUCCUCGUUCUUCAUCGAGCAUCCCACGGUGGCCAACCUCAAGCAAUUUUUUGGCAGCUGCUUUUCCAGCUCGCCGGACACUGAAGUGGUGAUCCCCGCUGUUGUCCCUCAAGUCGAGUCUCGAAGCAUGACGCAACAGCCGGUGGCAAUUCCAUCGACGGAUAGGGGUGUUGUCCCUGAGAUGUUGAGGCAAGAGUUACAAAUCAAUCCUAGCACAGACAACCAUAGCAUUUUUCAGUCGGCUGUUCGCAUUAUUGCGGACGAAAGCGGUGUCAAUGCUGACGAUCUCACUGGGGAGACCGUAUUCGCGGAUAUUGGUAUCGACUCUUUGCUGGCACUGGUCAUUGGCGGUCGACUUAGCGAAGAGCUCGGGCUGGACACUGACGCAGAGUCCUUCUUCCAGAACUGUGUGACCUUGCAGGAUCUGCAGAACUAUCUUGAAGAUUGCAGCGGAUCACCUUCUCUACAAGUAAAUUCCCAACCUAGCGCUACACACACCACGAUUGUCUCUCCACCUGCAAAGCAAGCUGCAUUUCCUCGGGUCUCGCAGAGUUCACCUGAUACGACGGCAAUCCAGACCCCAGCACUGUCGGAACCAUCGCCUCCAAUGAUAGCUCAACCUACCCCGUCAAGUGAGCCAAGUCCCUCAUUCCUAGAAGUCCUGCAGAUAAUCAGCGAGGAGAGCGGCGUGAACGUCGGCGAUCUUUCCGACGAGACGGUGUUUGCGGAUAUCGGCGUGGAUUCGCUGCUCGCUUUGGUGAUUGGGAGCCGAAUCCGCGAGGAGCUCCUAUGGGACCUGGAUGUCGAGUCGAUGCUGAUUAGUUAUCCCACGGUCGGAGAUCUGAAAUCGCAAAUGGGAGGGAGAGGGCUGGUGUAUCAAGCUAGCCAGAAUCUGUCCAAUUCGUCCCUUUCCACUCUCUCGUCUUCAUAUCCUUCUAGUGACAGCGUCAGCUCGGCCGCUGAGACGCCCCAGUCCGAGUUGUCUGCUCCUGAGCUCGAACCUUGCAUUCCAAACGCCUCAGCUGUCGUCCUGCAAGGCUCGCCCCGGAAUGCGGAGAAGAUCCUGUUCCUCUUUCCCGACGGCUCAGGGUCAGCCACGUCAUACGCCUCUCUACCACGUAUCGCGGCCAAUGUUGCCGUCAUUGGUCUUAACUCACCCUUUCUUAAGAAAGAUGUCGAGGUGCACUGCACUGUAGACGAGCUCGUGGGAAGCUAUCUGAAAGAAAUCCGCAAACGCCAGUCCACCGGACCCUAUCACCUCGCUGGCUGGUCCGCGGGUGGUAUUCUGGCUUACCGGGCGGCUCAGAUGCUCCUCGCUCGCGGUGAGCAAGUUCCCUGCUUGAUCCUGCUGGAUGCGCCUCCCCCAAUGAGACUGGGGAAGCUGCCGCAGCAUUUCUUCGAUCAUUGCGACGCAAUGGGCAUCUUCGGCCAGGAGGGUAAAGCUCCGGAAUGGCUUAUUCCACAUUUCAAGAAAACCAAUGCCAUUCUCAGUGGGUACUACGCGACGCCCUUUGCGGUAGGUCGGGGCCCCGGCAGGACAGGGAUCAUCUGGGCAAGUCAGAGCGUCUUUGAUACCAAGAGAUGCGCUCGACCGGCACCGCAUCCUGACGAUACGGAGGAUAUGAAGUUCCUCACUGAGGCACGGACUGAUUUCUCAUCGGGAAUUUGGGGUUCAUUGUUCCCGGGAUCUGAGGUGGUUGUGGAUAAGGUAGAUGGAGCGGAUCAUUUCUCCAUGAUGCAUGAGGGGAAAUAUGCACGGCAGGUAGCGGGGUUCUUAGGCCGGCUUUUGUCAGGAAUUUGA